UCUCGUGGUCCUCCAAUUUUUGUCCGUACUAUGCUACGCCGAAGUUUAAAUAAUCAUCCUCAUACCAAACCUAAGUAUAAUUAAUCGGGUCCAUUUUCCUAAAAUAGUCACCUUACCACUCCAUUAAAUUUGGACCUUUUAGGCCCAACAAACGGCCCAAAUUAACGACCGGCAGAAACCUAAGAGGACCAAUUCCGUCGGAGCUAGCCAAGGGACAGUGAGACGGAAAUCAGAAAUGGCAACUGAGGUUUUUAUCCAGGUGGCAAUUUUGAUAUUAACACUCGCGAUUUUCUUUGCGAUUCGACACUUUCCCACACAAGCCCUAACCAAGCACCGAAUCGACCAUCGAGCCACUACCCAAACCCAACGCCAUCUCACCCGAGCCACCCACUUGCUUUCUCGAGCCAAAUCCAACCCUCACAAAGACCAAUCCCAAACCCUAGCCAAAACCGCCAUAUCCGAAAUUGAAAAGGCACUCUCUUCCCCUAAAGACCAAACCCCUCACAUUCUCAAAUCCCUUGCUCUCGACUUGUUGGGCCACAAGGGAUCCGCCCUCCGAUCGCUAGAUUUGGCCAUGACUUCGCCGAGAGCGAAUUCACUCGCGGAAAGAGAGCGCGUGGACGCGAUGGUGAGGAGGGCGGAGUUGAAGUUGGCGGUUAAUAGGAGAAGGCGAGUUGAUUCGGCGGUUACGGAUUUGGAGGGGGCGAUUCGGGUGAGUGAAGAAAAGGGUGGGGUCAAAACGAGGGCGUUUUGUUCGUUGGGUGAGUGUUAUGAGUUAAAAGGGGUGAGGGAAGAAGCUAAGAAGUCUUUCGAGGAGGCGCUUAAGAUGGAGCCUGGAUCUGGCGUGGCUCGUCAGGGCUUGGAACGGUUGAGUUUGUCAUGAGUCAUGACUGGUCAACCUUUUUUCCUGUAAAAAAAAAAGAUGUGCGACUUUUAUUUUUCUGUGUGUCGUGUGAGUCUACAAGUACAUGGGAAAUUUUGUAGUAUAACAAUUUUUAUUGCUGUAAAGAAGCCAUUGAAAUUCGAAAUAAAACUAUUUUUGUGUAAUAUAGUUUUUACAUUUACGAAAAUUAAAUAUUUUCAAAUGUUAAAAUGUAGAAUACUAAAG